UGACAGCUCACACUUGUCCCGCCCACUUCGCUUCAUUGUCCAAUCACAGCUUACGUUGCUUUGUUGUCGUGCGUGUGCUGACAGCGGAACUCAACAAUCGUCAGGCUGUCUGCGAGAAACCAGCAAAACAAGAUGGAGGUGGAGCAGCUCCUGUCUCUGUCAGGCUCAGCACUGGCCCAGGCUGUCAGCUCUCUGCUGGAGACCCCAGGCCUCUACGUCUUCUCUGACAUCCUGGAGCUGCCUAAUGUCAGAGAGCUGGAGAAUGGCCCCCAUGCACCAGUGUACCAGCUCCUCAACCUCUUUGCCUAUGGAACUUACUGCGACUACAAAGAGAGAGCAGCCUCUCUUCCAGAGUUGACCCCAGCACAGAGAAACAAACUCCGCCAUCUGUCCAUCAUCAGCCUGGCUUCCAACCUCAAGUGCCUGCCGUACUCGUUGCUCCUGCAGCAGCUCGAGCUGAAGAAUGUGCGGGAGCUGGAGGACCUGCUGAUCGAGGCUGUUUACUGCGACAUCAUCCAGGGCAAACUGGAUCAGAGGAACCAGCAGGUGGAGGUAGAUUGCAGUGUGGGUCGUGACCUGGGCCCCAACGAGCUCCCAAACAUAAUCAACACGCUGCAGGAAUGGUGUACAGGGUGUGAGGCGGUGCUGUGUGGGAUUGAGGAGCAGGUCUCGAGGGCAAACCAAUACAGAGAGAGCCAGUUAAAGGUCAAAGUCCAAGUGGAAACAGAGGUCUCCAACCUACAGAAAACGUUAAAGGCCAGCGCCGCCUCUCCGUCAUCAGGCCCCGCCCCCGCCGGAGCCGCCUCCAAUCAGGACGCAGACCAGCCCGCGGAGCCACGAGAUCCCGCCUCCUCUCAGGAACCACGACAGCCAGGCAAAAAAAGUUCAAAGGUGAAAGGGUUGCGCGGCAGUGGGAAGAUCUGGUCCAAGUCUAACUAAAGACAAGAGACUGAGAGGUGGAGACAGGCGGCACUGAUAGACACUCGCUCUCACUGCUUACGACACAUGGGGAUGUUGACGGACAAGCGGAUACUUUAAACAAUGUGUCCAAAGUCAGUUCUGGGUCACUCAACACAAUAAAACCGGGAAGCUUUAUGAGAACUUUUGUUCACCAAAACUCAACAUGACGGAUUGACAAACACACACUGGCUGAUGACUGGAAAUGACAGGUGUGACAUCUCUUGCAGUUCAUAAUAGCCCAGCAGGUGGACACACACAUACACACAGCACUUGUAACACAUCAAAAGUCUGCAGCAGGAGUCAGUUGCCUUUGACCAGAAACAGGAAACAGUGUAUUUGACGCGUAUGUGUGUAUCUUUAUUGAUUUAAAAAAAUGUUUUUUUGGUUUAGAUUAAUUCUAUGUUGCUUUGUAUUUUUUUCUCUCUGCUGAGUUGAGACAUGUAUAAAAUCUGAAUAUAAAUUGUCGAGAAAUAAAACUUAAGCCCUGUA